CAACCGUAGCCUUACUCCGAGACACAACGAUAGUCCUUAGUACAGCGCAUUUAUUUUCCCCUAAAUUAUUAAUGAACUCACUGUUAUUUUAUUUCCCCUGCAAGUUCUUGCAACAUGGUGUCUCUUACCUCGGUCGAUCGCUCAACCCCUGCCACCGCAGGCAGCAAGCCACUCUUGAAAACUACAAUGUCAGGCACGAUCAGAAAAGCUCAAGAGGCAGAUCUGGACGACGAUCUAGAAGUACCGAAUCCGAAACGAGCGAGAGUGUCUUUCAAUCCCAAGGUCGAGGAAAAGGUUUUAGAGGAAUACGUCGCGAAAGGUAGAAGCUUAGAAAGCGUCAGAGUGGAAGUCAAACGCGCAAUAGAGGCGCACGGCAAAGGUGACAGCGAGAGGUACGAUAGUAUUAAAGAAGUGUUCGCACAAACUGAAGGUGAUGAGAGAGAAGAUACUGGCGCAAAUGAUGAGGCCAAAACAUAUCUACUAGCCCUUACCAGUUAUGCAUCACUAUUGAAUAAGGACUGCAAUGGAUUAGUUAAGGCUAUAUUAAAGUGUGACUGGAUGGGCAGAGACGAGGGCUUCGUGAAGCUGUAUGCUAAGUUUCUCGGAAACUUAGUUAGUGCACAAGGAGCGUAUGUCGGCUUGGUGCUUGGAACGCUUAUUGAUAACUUCAUUGGAGGCACGUUACCCAUCACCAGUAUCCCAGGCUCUACUAACGAGAAUAUAGUCCGAUUAUCGAGUGGGCGUCUUCCUGGCUGCCCAGAUGUCAGUCGUGAUACGCUUUCGUCAAGAGUCCACUUUUCAUUGAAAUACCUUCUUCGAUUGAUCCCCUCCGCCAGCGCUACACUCUCGCCCAUUCUUUCGGCUAAAUUUCCUUUUGCUGAUGAAUCAAAGAGGGCGCAUGUUACAUAUAUUAAUAAUCUAGUGCGCCUUCUCGACUAUGCUCCCGAGUUAAAGUCAGAUGUUUUCGCUCUCAUAACGGACAGGCUGGUCAAGAUUGAUGUGCAGAUGCAAGUCGACUUAGACGAUGUGGAUGAUGAGGUUGCGGGCGCCAUUGUUCAAGCUCUCGCCAUGAAUCCUUCUGAACAGGGAGAAGAUGAUGAUGAAGACGCAGAAGAUUCAGAUGACAGCGACGCCGAAUCGAUUAACAGCGAUGAUGCAACGGGAAAUCAGGCAAAAAGAGCCAAAGAAAUCCAAGGAAGCGUUGAGAAGAUGGAUGCGAUACUGGAUCGCUUAUUUGCUAUCUACGAUCCUUAUUUCACAGACCCAAAUAGCAUAGAAGCCGCAAAUAUGUUUGAGACUUUACUAGGACAUUUCGCGAAUAUCAUUCUACCUACAUAUAGAUCCCGACACACGCAAUUCCUACUCUUUCAUUUUGCUCAAAAGUCGGAACAUCUAAUUGAUCAAUUCGCCGGAACCUGCGUGCAAUUGGCAUUUCAACCUGGCAGACCUGCCGUCCUUCGGCAAUCUUCUGCCGCUUAUCUUGCUAGUUUUGUAGCGCGGGGUGCACACGUCGAACCUGAAGUGGUUCGGACUGUUUUCGAGCUCAUUGGGAGCAACUUGGAUCACAUCCGCACAGAAAAUGAACUCACUUGUCGGGGACCUGAUCUCAAGAAAUACGGAACUUUCUAUGCCAUGACACAAGCUCUGCUUUAUAUCUUUUGUUUUCGUUGGCGAGAUCUCAUCGACUCUUCAGAGGUUUUUGACGACGAAGACCCUGCAGCAUUCAUUGGACAAGAUCUUGUCUGGACGGCAGGUAUUAAAGAGACUCUUUCUCGUGCUAUUUACUCCAAACUUAAUCCUCUAAAAAUCUGCUCCCCGCCCAUCGUUUCCGAGUUCGCCAAAAUUGCACAUCAUCUAGGAUUUAUGUACGUAUAUUCUCUGCUGGAGACCAACAAACGUAUUCGUUUAAGUCAGUUUUCAAGUGCAGUUGGAAAUGGUGCAUUACGAGACUCUGGAAAUGGCGCAAGCAAUGAUAGCUGGCAUCAAUUGGAUGCCUACUUUCCUUUUGAUCCAUAUCAAUUACCCGUUUCAAAAAAGUGGAUUGAAAACGACUAUGUGCAAUGGCAAGGUAUUCCAGGACUUAACAAGGAAGAGAGUGAUGAUAGUAGUGGGGAUGAAGACGACGAGGAAGAGGAUGAGAAUGAGAAUUCGCUUGAAGACGAUGACACGGCAACCGACGAAGAAGCGGAAGAUUGAGAUUCACCAUGGAGUUCAAUGCAAUGUCAUUUUUCAAAGCAAGGAGUUUUGACUACCAUUUAUACUAUCGGAGUUCUAUCUUUUUUGGGAUUUUCGGGUACACAUAUGAUUCUUUCAGCGAAGGUGCAGGAGGAAAACGGUUAACACAAGCGGGCGUUUCAUUGUUGCGUUGGGAAAAGUCUGGCGCCGACAUCACUGGCGUUCGAUCCUUGAUUUUGGAAAUUCCCACGAACAGGAUGGAACAUGGGGUUCUUUAACAUGGGGGGGAUCAGCGAUUACGUAAAAAGAUCAGUCAAUAGUGCACGAAGUUUGCGACAGUAGACUUGUUUGUCAUUCGAUUCUGCCUCAGAAAUUGUUUUAUAGCACAUAUAGACCCUGCUGAUUGUGGGCAGCACAUGCAUUAGGUUGAUAUUUGAUCAAAUUUCAUGCGAGAAAUAGACCGCCUAGGGAGAGUCAGAAAUAAAAGUACCUUUGAAAUGAACAUGUUCGUCCUAUUACCUAUGUAAUUUGAGUUAUUUGACA